GUAAGUGCAGAUAAAAGAGAGCCCAGAACACUUAGGGAAGCCACAGUGCUUCAAAUCUCCGCGCUUCCUCUCGCUUGCCUCCAGCCUCCCGAGCCUGGGCUCCUCGCCACUCUCUGCUAUGAGUCUCCGGUCCAGCCCCGCCGUCCGCAUCCCCGGACCUUCGUGCUCGCUGUGCCUGCUGCUGUCGCUGCUGCUGCUGCUGACGCCGCCGGGGCCCCUCGCCAGCGCUGGUCCUGUCGCGGCCGUGGUGAGAGAGCUGCGCUGCAUGUGUUUAGUCAUCACCCCUGGGAUUCACCCCAAAAUGAUCAGUAAUCUACAGGUGAUCGCCGCGGGACCGCAGUGCCCUAAGGUGGAAGCGAUAGGCUACCUGAAGAGCGGGAAGGAAGUCUGCCUGGACCCAGAAGCCCCUUUGAUCAAGAAAAUCAUCCAGAGAAUUCUGGACGGUGGAAAAAAGAAAAACUGAUCAAGAGAAAGGACCAGGCAGUGGAAAAAUCACCCAGUUUUCAGCAGAUCGGUUUUCUAGAGAUCUCCCACCGGAGAAGAUGAAAAGCAAGAGUUAAUUUUCCCCCUUCAGUCACCUUUUUCAUGAAUUUCCCACUUUGAGUAGGGGGGCAGUUUGUCCCUGCAGCGUUCUGCUAAGCUUAUUAAGUAUUUACCAUAAUAUUUCCUAUUUAUUUUAUCUGUUAUGUUAUUGAAACUUUUGGCAAUUGACUAAAUUGUGAGCCAAGAAUCACUGGUUGUUGAUCUUUCAACGUGUCUUGAAUUGAAAGUGAUUUUUGUAUUUCUAGAAUAUAGUCCUUAUAGUGUUACUGAAAAGGCUAUGGAUUUAAUAUGUAAAUGAUGUUUCAUAAAAUGUUGAUGGAGCUAAACUGUAAUCCUCACUCUUCUCAUGACAUGGAUAUUUUGGUAUUGUUUCUUGGGGAAAUGUAUUACAGAACAUUUUUACUCUUGACCCUGGGGUGCUGUUUAAGUCAUAUUGUGUUAGAAAGCUGGGUGUAUCAUACAGUUAUCCAUGUAGAAUGUAUUUCUUUAUUUAGAAUUUCUUAAUGUUUAAGUUCUAAAAGGACUAAUACAUACUUUUCCUAUAACUUUAGAUAUUUGAUGUCUUCUUAGUAUGGCAUAAUGUCAUCAUUUACUCAUUAAACUUUGAUGUUACAUGCUAUUUAUUAAAUGGAAACCCUGGUGGUGUAGUGGUUAAGUGCUGUGGCUGCUAACCAAGAGGUCAGCAGUUCGAAUCCACCAGGCACUCCUUGGAAACUCUAUGGUGCAGUUCUACUCUGUCCUAUAGAGUCACUAUGAGUCAGAAUCCACUCGACAGCAGUGGGUUUUUUUUUUUUUUUUUGAUUUAUUAAAUGUUAUAUUAAGGGUACUACAUUCUAGUAACUAAAUAUGUUUGGAUAGAUGAAGAAGCUAGGUAAUAGGUAAAUUUCUGAUUUCUCAUUUUUAUAGAAAUGCAUUCUUUUAGAUGGUUUUUAAAAUAAAAGCAUUAACAAUGAUCUGUACUCUGAAAGUUUUAAAAACAUAUUGAAACUAAUUGAAUAUAAAUCCAUUAUUUAGUCUUCCAAUAUAAACACAGCACUGCUAAGAUUUUCUGGUGGUUAUAGUGUGUCUUUUUAAAGCUUGGACAUUUUGUUAUAAAGAAUUAUAUAUGCACCACAUUCACUGUAUUAAAACGGCACUUCUGUGUCUUAUUUGUUUAUAGUACUUCCAUUGUUCUUUAAGAAAAAAAAUAAAAGAUUUAAAAAUUUCA